AUGCUUGAUACGGGAGCUACUACAUCACUUAUAUCACAAACUGAACUUGAUCUUAUUACACAUCCACCAAUUCAACAAAUUCAAACAACAGCAGUACUUGGUGAUGGAAAAACCAAAAUAAUAGUCAGCGGUGCAGUUGAAUUAACUAUUACUAUCAAUGAUAUUGCUACCAUCAUUACAGCUCUGAUUGUCGAUUCAUUAGGUGCAAAUUUAAUUCUUGGUAUGGACUGGUGCAAAUCAAAUAAUGUGAACGUGAAUAUCGGUAAAAAACAAGUCGAAAUAAAUCAUCCAAAAUACGGAAUUACGAUAACACCUUUCUUGAACUCAGGGUCAGCCGAUGUCCGUCUCGCUGAAUGCAUCACUUUAUUACCACAUCAUGAGCAUAUAGUCAAAAUUUAUGUACCGAUUUCAUCUGCUAAUCUUGUUUCUUUUUUACCAGAUAUUAAAAAAUGUGCUAAGUUAAAUGUUCAAGUAUCUGAUGCUUUUGUUGAAAUUAAAGAUUUCUCAUUUUAUGUUUGCAUUUAUAAUCCUAACAAAAAUAUCUACAAACUAGCUAGUACUAAAAAAAUUGGAUCAAUACACUAUCAGUCAAAUGAUGAAAUGAUGUAUAGCAUAUUAAACACAGAUAAGCAAUCAAGUAUGACAGAACAAAGUACUCAACUGAAUUCGAUACAAACAAAUGAACAACAAGAAUCAUUAAAAUUAUCAUUACUCGAAAAUACUCUUCAAGAAUUAGUGAUGCACAUUGGUGACAAAUACAAUCGCAAUGAUUUUCCUAAAAUCCUUCGACAAAAUGAACGUUCAUUUGACAACUCAAAAAUGACCAGAGCAAAAACCAAGAUUCAUCAUACAAUCAACACUGGUGAUCACCUGCCAACAAGUGUUCGACCAUAUUAUAAGACAGUACAACAAAGAAAGGAAGUUCAACAGGAAGUAGGAAUGUUACUUGAUCAAGGAAUUCUUCGACCGUCAAACUCGCCAUGGUCGUCACCAGUGUUAUUAAAGAGGAAACCGGAUGGUACGUAUAGAUUUCUGGUUGACUUCCGCCGACUGAAUUCAAUCACAAAAAAGGACUCAUACCCUCAACCAUCAGCUGAAGAGUUACUUCAUCGUUUGGCUGGACAUCAAUACUUCACCAAAUUAGAUUUAAAGUCCGGUUACUUCCAAAUACCAAUACACAAAUCCGAUAUACCCAAGACGGCUAUAAUCACUCAAGACGGCCUCUAUGAAUUUACGGUACUUGCUCAAGGUCUUAUGAAUGCUCCACCAACAUUCCAAAGGGUGAUGAAUGAAUUAUUGGCCAAUGGACGAUGGGACUAUGUGGUUGUCUAUCUUGAUGAUAUUGUGAUUUUUUCGAAAACAAUCGAAGAACACAAACAACACGUGGCCGACGUUAUCUCAACACUUCACAAGGCCAACUUGCAAGUAUCACUAGCAAAAUGCUCAAUUGCCGUCAAAAAGAUCGAAUUUUUAAGUCACUUUGUUACAUCUGACAAAUUGGAACCAUCAUUAGACAAGAUCAAAGCAAUUGUUAAUAUUGCUCCGCCAAAAACGCUUUCACAAGCCAACAAGUUUAUAGGUAAAAUUGGAUAUUAUCGUAAAUUUAUUCCAGACUUCGCAAAAAUUGCUGCACCCAUUCACAAGGUUACUAACAAGACAAGAACAAAAAGAAAUGAAUUUCGUUGGGAACAACAACAACAAGAUGCCUUCGACAAAUUUAAAUCAAUACUGACAAGUGCACCACUAUUCCUCGAUUUUCCAAACCGAUCAGUACCAUUUAUCUUAUCUACAGAUGCAAGUGAUCUAAGAAUUGCUGAUGUACUCAAGCAAGAUACAACUGAUGGAUUGAGGAUUUGCUACUGCAAAUCCAGAUUACUGAAUGACAUUUAA